AUGUGUCAAGGCUGUCUCAUCCUAGGUCCGCUUACUAGUACUGAGCAAAUUUUGUCAGCUCGUUUGUUCGUUUAUGAAUACGUGCACAUAUGGCCAUGCGAGUCCUUGCUGCACCAUUGCUUGAACGUUCAGGAUACAUGCUCAUUCAAGGGUUCAUUAUCCCGGUCGUGGGACCUGGCGUUGUGCCAUGAAAGUUUUGCAAUUUUGUUAUAUGAUGAAGAAAGAAAGGAGCUCAUUUUCACGCAACGGUUCAGACCAGCCGCGUUGAUUGGACUUGCCCGUCAUCGUGCUCCUCCAAAAACAAAACUUGAAUCCAUUGACUGGUCCUCACAACCUUCUGAAUGGGCGUACACCCUUGAACUGUGCAGUGGGCAUUAUGAUCGCAACGCAUCGAAAGAGCAGAUCAUGAAGCAAGUCAAGGAAUGUGUUGCGCACAGAUGCGGCUAUCUAAUCAACGAAAUGGAUUUUGUUACCUCAUAUUUAAUAGGUAUUAGCUUCUCCGGUGAUCGGCAGAGGGUCUAUUACGCUAAGGUAAAUAGUUCUAUGAAAGUGAAAGACUGGAAGCCCAUGGAAGAUGUAUCACCGGUCAGUAACAAUUUCUUCUAUGAUACGUAGAG